AUGGCAUCCAGCAUCUCCGGAACCCGCUUCUACGUCGGCGAGAGGGGCGAUCCGCGACGCGAAGGCACCAUCGGCGGGAUCGUCGAGGUCCACGGUAUAUUCUAUGGGCUGACAGUCCUGCGCCCAUUUCUCCUGAACCCCGACCAGGCCGAUCUCUUCACUGAGCAGAGAAGCCCUGUGACAGACGAAUCCAGCACCCAAGGUCUAUUCGCGCCCAUCUCAAGCUUAAUCGAGGCCGACGCGGCCCAUGCGCGCCUCAUUGGUUCGAAAACGUGCGUGUUGUUCGCAACCGACGUCUACGACUACCAGACCGAAGAGCUGAUCGGCGCCAUCCCCGAGCUGACAGGCUUGUACGCUGUGGAUUCGAGGUACUGGCAUCGCAGCGGUAAUUGGGUGCUAGUCCGCCUGGAGAAUCAGGGACCGUUUUCCGAUGAGGAUGCGAUCCGCCUGCAUUCUGUCUCGAGAACCUGUUUCCCGGGGGGUCGGCUGCGGGUGGCACUCCAUCAUCGCCGGCUGACGGUUCAGAGGUGCAAGCUCAAGGUAGUCUCCGUGCCGCCGGUUGGUCGGCUGUAUGCUCUGUCGCUGGUGGGGAACCCGGAAGACGGCGGGGCAUGGGUCGUUGAUACAGACGGGAUGACUGUCUUCGCUGUGGUGUUUGGCUGCUAUAGAGGGAAGACGUAUGCACGCCCGGCUUUGAAGCUUUUCAACGAGCUUUCCGACAAGUUCAGGGCAAAACCAGCCAUGAUUAAAAUGCGGUCGCCGUGUGAAGACGAGUGGAUGUAAACCUAGCAUUUAUUAG